GCAAUAUACUACAUUUCCCAUGAUGCAUUUCUGAUAUACCAACACUCCUCCACUUUCCAGGACAAAUGCUUUCAUGCUCUCGUUUUUCUUCCUAUUGCACGUCGAAUAAUGUAAAUUGACAUGUUUUAUCAUCUGAAUACUACUUUUCCAUGCAUCUAAAUGAUAAAGUUGUAAUUAAUUUUAAAGGAGCUAGGAUAAAUAGAAGACUUAAGUUUAGGAACUGAACGGGACCAGUGAAGCGGAGACCAGGACGUGCAUGCAUCAGUAGCGUUACACCAGUGUUACUCCAUCCAUCCAUCCCUCCCUCCAUCCCAGUUUCGUAGCAGACGCUUGGCACCAUGUUCACAGAGUUGCUGCUUUGUCUGGUGGUUGGAGGACUGAUCUUCUUCCUGGUUCAAAGGAACAGGAGCCAGGUUCUGACAACAGAGGAUGGCUGGUGGGGGGCCGGAGCACCCCCUGAUGGUGGAGAGGACGACAGCAUCCGCCCCUUUAAAGUCACCACAAGCGAAGAGGAGCUGGAGGACCUCUGCAGGAGGAUAGACCUCACUCGUCCUGUGGCCUCACUGGAAGACAGUCAGUUUCAGUAUGGCUUCAACUCCCAGUACCUGCAGAAGGUGGUCUCUUAUUGGAGGAAUGACUUCGACUGGAGGAGACAAGUAGAUAAACUCAACCAGUACCCCCACUUCAAAACCAACAUCGAAGGCAUUGACGUUCACUAUGUGCACGUGAAGCCCAAGAGGGUGCCAGAGGGGACCAGCGCUCUUCCUCUGAUAAUGGUUCACGGCUGGCCCGGCUCCUUCUACGAGUUCUAUGGGAUGAUCCCUCUUCUGACGGAACAGUCAAACCCAGAUGACCUCGUGUUUGAGUUGGUGUGCCCCUCCAUACCUGGGUACGGCUUCUCGGAAGCGCCGCAUAAGAAAGGUUUUGAUUCAGUGUGUGCAGCACGAAUCUUCCACAAGCUGAUGAAACGUCUGGGCUUCCAGCAAUUCUACGCUCAUGGAGGAGACUGGGGCUGGCUGGUCACCACCAACAUGGCUCAGCUGGAACCCAAGACAGUCAAAGGAUUGCAUGUGAAUUUUGCCCCGCCUUCCAAGCCCGGGCUGCCCAUGGCUUUAUCCAUCAUGCUCGGCAAUCGCUUCCCCAAGUUGUUCAACUUCACUGACGUAGACAUUCAGCGUCUCUUCCCCUGCAUGGACAAACUGGUGGUGGAAUCCAUCAAAGAGUCUGGCUACAUGCACAUCCAGGCCACCAAGCCUGACACUGUCGGUCGAGGACUAAAUGAUUCUCCUGUGGGUCUGGCUGCCUACAUUCUGGAGAAGUUCUCCACUUGGACAAGCAAGGACUUCAGGAACCUGGAGGAUGGAGGACUCACCAGGAAGUUCUCUCUGGACGACCUGCUGACUAACGUGAUGAUCUACUGGACGUCCGGCUGCAUCACUUCCUCAAUGAGGUUCUAUAAGGAAAACUUUGCCAAAGGCCUCGACCAACCCCACUCUAAGAUACCGGUGCAUGUCCCCACCGGGUUUGCCUGCUUCCCAAACGAGCUGAUGCACACACCUAGGCUGUGGGUCAAGCAGAAAUACCAUCAACUCUUGACCUACACACCCAUGGGAAGCGGUGGGCAUUUCGCUGCCAUGGAAGAGCCCCAGCUGAUGGCUGAAGAUAUCCAGCUCUUCACUAAGAUAGUGGAGAAGAAGAAGUAGAGAGAGGAUUGAUAAACACCUGAAUGGCAAGGAGAAUGAAUAAAACUGCAACAUUGUGGUGAGCAGUGAUUGUAGAUAGUGAAGUAAACACUUUUUCAAUGAGGUGAGGUUGAUUAUAUACUGUAGCGUAGCUCUAAUAAGACUUCUUCAUGAUUGACUCAGUCUUAUGCAGUGUUAGUACUGGAAGAUGUAGCUUUUAGGAAACAUUUGUAACAUUGACCGAUGAAAAGAAGCAAAACAGAAGAGAGUCAGAAAGAAGCAUCCUUUUGUUCCUACUUCUGCUGUUGUUCAUAGUCUCUUUCUUCUUCAAAACCUCCCCUCAGCCUUGCAGUUGUGGGCAAGGUCGAGCAAGCAGCUGCAGAUGGGAGGUCAGUGUGUAACUGGUGUGUAUUGACAGCACUGAGAAGGUACCAAGCAUUCCUCUGACUGAUAACACGAAACCGCUUGACUAAACCCUCAAAUUAUAUUUACAUUUCUUUUUCCUGUCACACCCAUUCACACUCAUGUAGUUUCAAAGCUUCGAUGAAGUCAGAUUUUACAUUUUGUCUAUUUUAUUAUUUACUGCUUUGAAGCACUAACUUCUUAAUUAUUCCUAUAGAGUUGAAUACCUUAAAAACAUUUGAUAUUUAGUAUUUUGAUGUGUAAUACUUCGAAAAUCAGCAUUAGAGGUGUAUUUCUCUGAAAUGAGUCUUCCUCUAUAACCUAAUUUGAAUUUCAUUCCUUAUUAUUUUUAACAUUCAAAUUAUAUUUGAGUUUUUAAUGCUCAUAUUUUAGCCUAUUAUUAAUAUGUAAUAUGCAUAUAUACACUGUAUACACAGGCUUAUGCAUCAGCAGUGCCACUAUCAGCAUGUGGUCGUUAUACAUUCUGUCCACUAGAGGGCUUUUCAACGUUAUCAAUAUACAGUUGUUAGCUUUCUUUGCUAAUUAAGCUUAGCCACAAAAUGAAUAACACUUACUAAAAUAUAAAUAUUAAAUAAGCUUUGGAUCAUAAUUAACUACACACUUAACUGAAAUAUAAAUAAAUCCAGGUCAGUA